CUCCCCUAGUUCACGAUAAGGAAGGAAAAUAUAACGAUGACGAAGUUAAUGACCGGGGCAGUGAAGUAAAGGAAACUCACGUUUUGGAUGACUAGUGAAUAUGGCAACCAUCCUUGACAAGCCAGUUCCUAGUAAGUUGAUGGUAGCGGCCAUUGAUUUCGGUACAACAUACACAGGAUUUGGGUUUUCUAUGCGAGAUAGCUAUCUGUCAGAGCCGUUGAGAAUAUGGACUAAACACUGGGGUUCUUCUGGUGGAGGUCCAGCUUUAGUUUCGGAGAAGACCCCGACCGUCCUCCUGUUGAAUCCAGAUAAAACAUUUCACAGUUUUGGUUAUGAUGCCGAGGAUAAAUACAGUGAACUUGCUCAAGACGAUAACCAUAUUGGAUGGUAUUACUUCAAACAUUUCAAGAUGAAACUCUAUCAUGAGAAAAUUAAUCGCACCAUAUCGUUAAGAACCGACCAGGGACUUGAGCUCCCAGCACUGGAAGUAUUCAAGCACUCGAUAUUGUACAUCAAAGGGCAAGUACUGGAUGAACUACGGAAUAAAGGGCUUUUAGAAACAGCAGUCAUGGAAAAGGAAAUUUGUUGGGUAUUGACUGUACCAGCAAUAUGGGAUUUCACUGCCAAACAAUUUAUGAGAGAGGCAGCUAAAAGCGCCGGAAUACCAACCGAACAGCUAAUUUUAGCUUUAGAACCAGAAGCUGCUUCAGUGUUCAUUAAACAUAUGAAUGUUAAUGUUCAAAGAGACCAAGAUGAAGGUCCUAGUCUUUCACCAUAUGACCCAGGGACCAGAUACAUGGUGCUCGACUUAGGAGGAGGAACGGUAGACGUCACCGUCAGAGAAGUAAUGCCAGACAGAACUUUAAAAGAAGUAACAAAGGCAAGUGGUGGGGCAUGGGGAGGAUUGUAUGUGAAUGAAGAGAUAUACAAAUUCCUAGAGAAAAUAUUCACUCCGAAAAUACUUGGUGAAUUUAAAGCCGAGUCUACCUCCGACUAUCUUGACCUUGAAAGAAGCAUCGAAAUGGUCAAACGUAAACUUGGUACCGAUGGACAGGGUCGUUUUACGUUAAGUAUACCAAUGGACCUCCGAGACCGCUACACGAAAAAUAUGAAGAAGACAGCUUCAGAGGCUAACAUCGGUUUAUUCGCACAAACCAGCACAGAAAUGAAGAAAGAUAAGCUUAAAUUUCCUAAAGAAGUGAUGGCUAAUUUCUUUUCGCCGUGCAUUCAAAGUAUAAUUAAACAUUGUCGAACAGUUCUAGAUCUUGCUGGUGCUGAUAAGGUGCAAGAUGUCAUCAUGGUUGGCGGAUUUGCUGAAUCAACGAUUAUGCAAUUACUUGUAAAAGAAGCUUUUCCAAACAAAAACAUUGUCAUUCCACCUGAAUCCGGAUUAGUUGUUCUAAAAGGAGCUGUUCUUUACGGACACCAUCCGAGAAUCGUUUCUUGUCGGGUUGCUAGUAAGACAAUUGGGUUACGAAACCUCAGAUACUUCUUGAAAGAGACUGACCCUGAAGAAAAGAAAAUGAUGGAAGGUGGAGUUCCCUACUGUAAAGAUAUUUUCCAUACGCUUUGUGAAGCUGGGUCGGAAUUCAUGCUGGGUGAGACAGUUACCCACGAUGUCUUUCCACUUCGCCCAAAUAUGACAGAAAUGUCUCUUAAUCUUUACCAAACUGACGAUGAAAAUCCGAAAUAUACUACUGAGAAAGGUUGCGAAGAAAUAGGAAAAAUUAGAGUAGAAAUGCCAGAUACGUCUAAAGGAAUGGAUCGACAAGUCAUCGUCUCUUUAACGUUUGGCGAUACAGAAUUAAUCGUGGAAGGAAAAGAUAAUGAAACUGGGAGGUCGGCUGAUGUUCACCUUGAUUUACUUAAACAUUAAAGACAUUAAAGCAAACACCUUUAUUUAAAUAUUAUAAGCCAUAUAUUAUUUCUAAUUUCAACUCACUUAUAUUGACAAUUGGCAAUAAAGCUAUAGUAGUGUCUUUUAAUUUACUGUGAAGGUUGUUUAACAAAGAAAUGAAGAUGUUAUUUUUUCAAUUACAAUACGGGCACUUAAAGGUGUUCAAUCUUAAAUUAAAUUGAAAUCUUUCUUUAUUUAUUGCUUUUAAAUAUAAGAAUAUUUAUUUAUAAUGACAUAUCAAAUUUAGUAUUAUUUUUUUAUAAUUUACACUAACUGUGAUAAAGCUGUUAUUUG